GAUUUGAAAUGCGAAGUGGAAGGACUCAGUCAGUACAUUCCAAUGUCACGUUUAAACACUGGCAAAACAUUUGGCAAGGUGCCAGGUCAGCCAUUAAUUGCAGACCGAGAUGUUUGUAAGGGACGCAGGCCAGCCAGGCUCUGUACUCUCCCAGACGCAACUCACGAAUCAAAGGACUUGGCCUCAGGACUUGGCUCGCAGGUUGACCAGGGUCGGGUGCCUCAGCGUCUUCAAAUACAGAUGAAAUGCAUAAGGGGCCUCAAGAACAAGGUUCCCCGAGGCUCCUACCUCCUGAGGGUGUCCUUGCUUGGUCGUCCAGGUGGCUGUGUCUUACAAUGGCAGCAAACGGAGCAGCUGAAGACCAGAACACACCCAUUGAGGCAUGGCGGACAUUUUUAUGAUCUGGGGCUGUAUUUCCACGAAAGCCUUUAUGUGGCACUCCCUCCUGAGAAAGACGUGAAACCCGGCAUGGCUCUCUUGUUUGAACUCUGUCUCCUUCGUGGGAAAUAUGCUUGUUUUGACUGCGUUGUGGGCUGCGCAGCCUUCCCUUUGUGUGAUAACAACUUCGAUGUCGUGGAAGGGAAAUUCAAGUGUCCCCUUCUCCGAGGACAUUAUGACCAGAAAUUUGACAGCUUCAGGAAAAUGGAAGAUUUGAUGUGCCAGGACUUGGACCACUGGCUAUGCAAUCUCUACUUUGAGGUUGUUAAAUGUCCUCACUGUUUGGAUGAUCAAACAACCCAUGAAAGACAGACUCCGUUUCCUCCUGAAUUUCCAGUUUCUUUAAUGGCUGGAGCAGAGACAGAAGAAUCAGGCAUGGAAAAUACAGCUGACCUUUCAGAGAAACAAACAGAAGAACCCAUUUGUGCAUCGCUGGAUGGCCAGGCUAAAUCCUUCCUACGCUCUUCUCAGGUUCUGACAGAACUACGACGCAGAGUCUUGCCUGGUUCCAAAGCGAUGCUAGCUGACAACCCCUCGCUGCUCCCGGAGCAAAGAAACAUGUGGAAGGAAUUGUUCUUUUACAUUUCACAGCUUGUCAUUUCCUCCGCAGGGCAGCCCCUGACCCCGCUGAGAGAUCCCGACACCCAUAAGGGAAGUGUUCCCACUGAUGUACAGGAAGUGGAGACGCAGUUUAACGCCGAGGAGGGAGGGAGGAGGCACUUGAAAAAUGCUGUGUUGGUUUGGUCUGCACUAUUCAGCUUGUGCAUCUGGGGCUCCCACUGGACCCUGGCAGUAACCCCUCAGAGGACAGAGGAGCUUUCCCAGGCUUGGCCACCUAGUGCUCUGGGUGGGGAAGAGAGUUUCUUGGCUCAGGAUGUUAAGAGGCUUCCUAGCCUAGUCACUAAUAGCAGCAGGAUCCACCUGCUAGUGCGACUCAACUCCCUGUUGUGUUUGGUCGGAGAGGGCUAUCUCAAGGUGCAAAGAAGGAGAACACAUCCCCUGGAGGGAAGCAUUUCUAAUAAAACUGGUCCCUGCCCUAUGGACUGUGAUCUCAAUCUUUUAAAAGAAGACCAUGAAUUACACAAUAAGGUAGAAAGUAAUUUGGUCUUCAAAGCAGGUUUUGAAGUGUGGGACAUGCUAAAGCAGCUGACGUUUGUGAAAUCAAGAGAAAGACUGAUUGAUCACUCAAUGAAGGAAAAACCAGCUGCUUGGAGAGCCGGAGAAAUUGAGGGUUAUUCAGAGGAUGUAUCUUACUUGGAGGAACUGGAACAACACAGAUUUUCAGUUUGCUAUUCUCCAGGUGCUGGAGGUACCAGAUCUAGAGAAUUCUUCAAGCAUCUCCAUUUUGGGCUGGUGUCAGUGUUUUCGGAACUUCAGUUAGCUGAGUGGCGAAGCCAGAGCUUCUGGUACAUCAUCCUGCUGAUUGCCUCCCUCUGGUUCCUGAGACUGUACCUGCAUUACCUUGGCCAGUGGCUUUUCCUCCAGGCCAUUUCAACUCCUGUUACAAAAUUCCAUUUUUCCCCUUUCACGGUUGAGCUUUGCUACCCACCUUCUUCACUUCACAUCAGAGAAGAGUUGCUUGUAGUUGUGGUGGGUCCUUUAAUGCUGAAUGCCGUGAUACUUCCUCUGUUUCUCAUCAGACGAGGCUGUCAGCUACUGUUUGUGUCUUCCCCUGAUGUCUUGUCAAAGUUAAUCAUUACCAUGGGACUAUGGACAGUUCUAGACCCAUUGGCCGUGUUUAUAGUGGAUACUGUCCUCGGGCGGCUUACACAGCAUGGGGAGACUCCUGUAGCUGAUGCAGCAAAGCUGUACUGGGUGUUUGUAAGGACCAUGCAGUCGGGAAUUCUUGGUGUAAUGCUCACAGUGCUAAUUUACAUCCUCCUGUUCAUCAUUUCUUCUUUGAUUUUAUAUGUGUAUUGUCUCAGAUUGCACAAUGAUUCUUGGAUAUUAGAUGUAUUUCAACGCAUCCAUAGUGAAGAAAGCAAGUUUUUCAUACCGUAUGAUUUGGAGAUUUCCAAUCAGGAGCUCAGUAACAUAGUGAAAAGGUCUGAGCAAUGGAGAGGAAUCAAUGGUAACAGAAGGAAGGUGGCAGUGUAUGAUUAUAUCUGGAAAAACCAUGGCUUCAAGUCCAGAAUCUCCAGCUGUGACCUCCAAAAGCAAAAUGAAAUUUCUGUGUCGGCACUUGGUCCAGGAGAUAUUACUUGUUAUGUAUCUAUAUACACCGUUUAUCCCAGUGGAUUCCAAGAGCUAUAUCGCCAUUUUCUCAGACUCUCCAAUGGUGCCAUUGUUGAGGUGUUUGGUGAUAUCAGUGGCCUCAGGAUUAUCCCCACAGAAGUGGCCACAGCAAUUCAGAAGCACAUAGGUGAAAUGGAUGGUACAUCAGAUGGUACAACGGACGGUACAAAGGCUCCUUUGACAUUAAAUCAGGAGAAAUGAAAAGAAGCCAUUAAAAUAAAAAGGAAUUGGUGGUCCCAAUGGAAGAAAUGGCAUAAUUAAGAAAAGUAAUAUUUUCUGGCCGCUGAAAGAUGCCCAGGUUCACAUCCAAGGAGUCUCUUACUACAUUAUUGUAACAUAUGAGUUGUUUGUUUAGUAUUUUUAAAUGAAGUCUUUUGCUCUCGUUGCUUUAGAUAUGUUUUCCUUGCAAUUGAACUUACCUUACUGACCAUUAAGCAUUAAGUAAUAGAUUUAACAUAUGAGUCAUUCUAACACUUUUGUAAUGUGAUGUGUGUGUUUGCAUGCUUAUGUAUGUGUGUGUACGUGUGUGCCCGUGUGUGUGUGUGUAUGUGUGUUGGGUAGAGAGUGACUACCAUGUUUUUUCAAGAGUUCUCUGCUUGUUGAAUAUUCAUGGCCUCAGUGCAAUCCAACACUCAAGAAUUUGCCACUAUCUUAUCCCUGAAGUAAAUAUCAUGUUUGCAUUGGUAUUGAGAUGACCUAUUUAAUUUAGAUUUUUUUUUUGCAUGUACAUGUGUAGUUAAGUACUUAACAGAAAAAUAGAAAAAAGAAA